AUGGACGACGACGGGCUGCUGCUGCACUUUGAUACGACGGCGCCUGCGCCCAAGGCACAGCGCCGCGACGCUAAGCGUGGGCCGAAGCCCACGGCGCCCAAGCGUGCGAAGCCAGCGCCUGCGGCAGCGCGCGCUCAUGCGACGGCGGACCAGCGCAUGCUCGCGCGCGCGCGCGAGAUGGCAGGCGGCGAGGGUGCGCGGCCCCGCACGCAGGGUCCAGGCGGCUACAUAUCCUCGCUGUUUGCGCGCGACGAGCAGAACGCCGCGGAGCCGGAGGCUGUGCCGGCUGCGCGUGGCGCGGCACCGACGAAUGCGCCGUCGGGCGACGCCACGUUUGAGCAGCUGGGUCUCGACCCCAUCAUUGCGACGCACCUGCGCGAGCGCAUGGACGUGCAUGGCCGUCCGACCGAGAUCCAGCGCCUGGCGAUCCCGCCGCUCCUCGCUGCGCCGCCGUCCGCGCUGGCGAUGCGCGACGUGCUCAUCCAGGCGCAGACCGGCAGCGGAAAGACGCUCACGUACCUGCUACCGAUCCUGCAGACUCUGCUGCCCCUGUCAGAAGAGAGCUUUAUGGACCGCAGCGUCGGCACGCUGGCGAUUGUGCUCGCGCCGACGCGCGAGCUCGCGCGGCAGAUUUACCAGGUCCUAGAGCGCCUGCUUACCCUCUCGCUCGCGUCGACGGACGAGGAUGGCGCGCCCAAGCGCCGCGCGCGCUGGAUCGUGCCCGGCCUGCUCACGGGCGGCAGCACGAAGAACCACGAAAAGCAGCGCCUGCGCAAGGGAUGCCCGAUCCUGGUAUCGACGCCGGGGCGCCUGCUCGACCACCUGCAGAACACGUCGAGCUUGGAUGUCGGCAAGUGCCGCUGGCUCGUGCUCGACGAGGCGGACCGCCUGCUUGAAAUGGGCUUUGAGGCGCAGCUCACAGGCAUCCUCCAGGCGCUCGACGGGCGCCGCCGGCUCAGUGUGCGUGCCGCGCGCGAGGCCCUGGCGGAGAGCGGCGCGCUCCCGCCGGGCGCGACCGACGCCGAGAUCACCGACUCGCUCGGCAUCGCCUGGUGGGCGUGGCGCCGGCGUCUCGUGCUGUGCAGUGCGACACUUGACGAGCAUGUCCAGGCGUUUGCUGGCACGGCCCUGCACGACCCGCUGCUCGUGCGCGCGGGCGCCGCGCCGGCCGCGGCGCCGGCGGCCAGCGGGGGCCCUGCGCCCAGCACCUUCUCGGCGCCGGCGCAGCUGGAGCAGCAUGCGGUGCUUGUGCCGCCCAAGCUGCGGCUGGUGGUGCUGCUCGCCCUGCUGCGCCGCAGCCUGCCACGCGGCGGCACGGACGGCGCGCCGGUGCGUGUCAUGGUGUUCCUGACGUGCACGGACGCGGUCGACUUUCACUGGCACGCCCUCGGCGGCGUGCGUAUGGGCCGCUCGGACGAGUCGGCGCCUGACAAGGCGCCGGACGAUGCGCUUGCGCUCCGCAGCGAGCUGCUCCCCGGCGUCUUCCUCUACCGGCUGCACGGGUCGAUGGCCCAGAAAGAGCGGAUCGCCUCGCUGCAGGCGUUCCAUCGGCUGACCGACGGCACAGACGCGGCGCGCGCGACGCGCGGCGGUGUGAUGCUCUGCACGUCAGUCGCGUCGCGCGGCUUGGACCUGCCGGACGUGGGCUGUGUGAUCCAGAUGGAUGUGCCGACGGAAGGGGGCGUCGAAGAGUACGUGCACCGCGUCGGGCGUACGGCGCGUGUGGGCCGUGCCGGCACAAGCUGGCUCAUGCUGUUGCCGCACGAGCGCCCAUGGCUCGCUACACUGACGAGCCGCAUGGUCGUGGGGCAGCCGCCACAGCGUGCGUCGGUCCCGCUGGUCGGUUACGAUACCGUGCUCUACGAAGGCCUGGGCGGCGCCGCGCGCGAGUACGAGUCGCGCGCCACGGACGUGCAGAUGGCGCUGGAGCGAUGGGUGCUCGCUGCGCCGGCGCACGCGUCGCUCGCGCGCGCGGCGUUCCUUGCGCACAUUCGCGCAUACGCCACGCACCCGGCGAGCGAAAAGGACCUGUUCCACGUGAACCACCUGCACCUGGGGCACCUUGCGAAGGCGUUCGCGCUGCGGGAGGCGCCGCAGACCGUGCAGCGCACUGCCAAGCGCGAGCACGACAGGCAGACGCAGCCGAAAGAGUCGGAGCGGGCGCGCCUCUCCUCGGAAGCACGGCGCCAGCGCAUGCUCGCGAACCUACCCUCGGAGUCUAUGUAG